UCGGGACUUAUCGUUGCCUAGGUAACACCACGAUAUAAACAAGUAUAUUUUAUGAUCUAUUUUAUGUAGAGUUAAAUUCGACCGCACGUUAAAAUGUAUUUGCAUAUAAGAUAUUGCUCGCGUCCAACAUAAAAUAUAACGAUUAUUGUGCUCAAAGUACUUCCAUACAAUUACAUCUUGUUAUAUUUAACAAUUAAGCAAUCCCCUCUAUUUGUUAAUAUAAUUUGUAGAAUUCCUUCAGUAUUAUAUGAUUUUCGAGAGUGUGACGCGAUGCCUUUGUUUUCAAAUAAAUUUUCCCCCAAAAAGACACCGACUAGAAAGGCAUCGGUUUUCUUAGCAAAUAAAAAUUUAAGUCCUAAACGAAUAGAGAAAGAACUCGGCCCAGAAGUGGGUCCUAUACGUCUUCGUCUUGGAGACCAAGAAGCUGUCUUUGAGUCAGGCCUUUGGAUUCCAGAAUCUGGCAAAGUAAGCGGCACUUUUAAAGAGAACGAGAAACUAACAAAGGAAGUAAGACGAUUAGAAGAGGAGAACAAUUUGUUGAGAUUGAAGUUUGACGUACUAUUAGAUAUGUUAACUCAGACAACUGCUAAGGCUCACUCACAAAAAGAAGAAUUGGAGAAACUAAAGAAUAAUUUCUCUCACAAGAGGUUCUUGACCUAGUUUGUUAAAUAUUAUUACUUAUACUUAGGAACUAAACAGCAUUUAUAAAUUAAUACCAGUCGACUCAGGUACUUGUUUAAAAGAUUGAACAAUGUUUCAGUUUGAUAUUUAUGAAUAUCUUCUCGGUUCAAAAAGGCAUUGGUUCAAGUCUUAAAGACUUUGUUGAAUUCUGCUUCUUUCUGAUGUAAACUUUUAUACAAAGUAACAAUCAACCAUACUAUGAAACUGUACAUUAUUUACAAUGUUGUGUUGAAGAAAACUGGCUCGUCAGUCUAUUACAUUUUCCGGGCACGUUCUUCUUGUAUGACCUGAUGUAAAAAGAAAAAAACAAAGAGAAAAUUAUGUAUAGUGUAAAUGUAUAAGAGAUAUAGAUAUGUAAUAAAAAAAAAUCAUCUCUUGAA